GCCAUCUUUAUCGUUCAGUUUAUUCUACGACGUUCGAAUAGUGUCACGGAUAUGAAAAUACUGUUAUUAUUAUUUGUUUUACACACGGCCUUCAGCGAUGACUUCGGGAAAUCUUAUAUGAAAAAUGCACGACUGUGUCGAGAAUGGACAUGCAUCAACAACAAACUCGGCCUAGGCGAUUCCCUGCCUGCACGAGACCAAUACCGCCAAGUUCUGAAAGGAAUGUUGCCCGAGGCAUGGCAUGGCGCGGUCGAGCCUGCCCUAGAAGGAUGCUACGUCAACCGUACGCGGCGUUACACAAACACAUGUCCCGGUCAAGCACUCUUACAAUGCACUGUGGAAAAGUUGAUUGAGAGUUGUCCAAAUGCGUAUUGGAGAAAGAAUGACGGCUGCUCAAACGUUUCAUCGCUGGCUGGCUUCAAAUAUAUGUUCUCGCAAGGCUUGUACGAAAACCUAGAAGCGAAUUUAUCUUACGAGCAGCGCCCACCGUGGUUUAUGAAAUACUAUUUCAACUCCAAAUGCUGCGACCUGCCAGAAUUAUUCAACGAUACAACACUGACCGAAUGCGGGUUCACACAUGUCAUGCACUAUCACAGACACAGUCCCGUCCGUGUGGUCACCCUGGCUCCGGAACCGAAUAUUGAAACAAAGGCUCCAGAUACGGAUUCUACAUACUCCGGUGAUUCAUUGCGUGUAGUGAGUCUACCUCCUCUACAAGUUAACGAUGAUUCUACUGAGGAUCCAUUGGAUUGCUGCGACAUGUCCGGUUUCAUCCAACCAACAUGGCGGUCAGAAUGCGACUUCCGGUUAAAGUGGGAUCCUGAAGCUCGACUGACCAUUGAUAAUCCAGCUGUUACUACACCAGUGCCAACUAAUACAGCAGCUAAACCUAGGCUGGAUGUGAAAGUUCUGCCGUUGUCUUGCGCCCAAGAAACAUGUGUAUUCCGCAAACUGAACAUCAUUACCGAAGCAGGCACUGUCGACGUGGAUGCGUUCUCUAAAAUACUAAACAACCUGACCUUGGAACACCCAUCGUGGUCUAAAGCUAAGGCUAGAGUGGUUACCAAGUGCUUGACUAGGCCGAUAACGAAUUAUGAGUCAGAAUGUGAGAUUAACAAGGUUUUGGCUUGCACUUUUGAUGUUUUGUCUGAGAAUUGUCCUACUGUGAAGAAGAACGACCCCUGCAAGCAUUCAAGCACUGCAACUAACGACAUUGUUUGCCAAAUCAGUUCAGCCAAAGGCCUAUUUAAGAACCGUCACCAAUUCUGCGAUAUCCCUAGGCUUAUCAAAUACGACACAGUACUACAAGAGUGUGGAGUAAGCUCCAUAAGUCGUCUAGAGUAUUCCACGCACGUGGUGCCUGUUGUGAAAAAACAUGAGUCAGUGGCCGGGUGCAAGAAACUAACCGAGUCCACAACCUGCCUGCUUUCCAAAAUGGGUUCCCUCAAUAAAUACAAAUUCAUGGACUACUUCAAGAUGAAGGCCAACAUAAAUGACUUCACAAGCACUCAUACUGAAUGGCUCGCCUUACAUGAUGCAUAUAUAAGCGCAUUCACUAGUAUGCCCAUGUAUAGGAACCAUUGCAGCUCGCCUAAGAAGCUGUUGAAUUUGAUCGACGCUAUGUUGAUGACUUGCCCAUUAUCGGCCCGUAAAUCAUCACCGAAAUGCUACAAAAUGCUAAACGAAAUCUCCCACUCAUCGGUAGCAAAUCAAAAUGCAACGAAAGAGCAAACUGAACAAAUGCUUAAUCAAUUCCACUAUAUCUUCUUCCCUCCAAAGUCCCAACAAGUAGUUGUUAGAAAAACUAAAGUGGCUAAAAAGUACGACUUUGGGAUUUUAGAUACUGGCAAUGUGCCACCAGUUAGAAUAAUAGACGUGAAUCCUACGGCUCGGCCGAUUAAAGUUCUGUUGCCAGUGUAUCAGCAGAUGCAUAGUAACUUUGGGCCUUUAAACUUACAUGGACGACGUGAUUCAGUUUUGAGAGGAGGCCCUGGGUUGCCUUGAUGCGUACCAAUUUAU